AUCGCGGCGCGACGUUGUUGUUGUGGGGUGCGGGCGGCGGUGUGGCGGCUGUGCCGGGGAGCCAUGCCGGCCAAGAAGUCCUUCCGCCAGCGGAGGGGGGACUCCGAGGAGGAGGAAGAGGAUGAGCAGGUCGCCGAGGAGGUCAGGUUAAAACUUGAGGAAGCCAAAGAAGUUCAGAACCUCAGAAGGCGACCUAAUGGGGUGAGCGCUGUAGCUCUGCUUGUGGGAGAGAAGCUGCAGGAAGAAGCAACACUUGUGGAUGAUCCAUUUAAGAUAAAAUCGGGGGGAAUGGUGGACAUGAAGAAGCUGAAAGAAAGAGGCAAGGACAGGAUUAAUGAAGAGGAAGAUCUGAACUUGGGAACUUCCUUCUCAGCUGAAACCAACAGGAGGGAUGAAGAUGCUGACAUGAUGAAGUACAUUGAGACUGAGUUGAAGAAGAGAAAAGGAAUUGUAGAGAAUGAGGAGCAGAAGGUGAAGCUUAAGAAUGCCGAGGAUUCUCUCUAUGAGCUGCCAGAGAACAUCCGUGUCUCCUCUGCCAAGAAGACUGAGGAGAUGCUGUCCAACCAGAUGCUGAGCGGCAUUCCUGAAGUGGACCUGGGAAUUGAUGCAAAAAUAAAAAACAUCAUCUCAACUGAAGAGGCCAAGGCCAAGCUGCUGGCAGAGCAGCAGAACAAAAAGAAAGACAGCGAAACUUCCUUUGUUCCCACCAACAUGGCUGUUAACUAUGUUCAGCACAACAGAUUUUAUCAUGAGGAGCUAAAUGCACCAGUGCGAAGGAACAAAGAAGAGCCAAAGCCCCGUCCACUGAGAGUGGGGGAUACGGAGAGGCCAGAACCUGAACGAUCUCCUCCGAAUCGCAAACGUCCCCUCAAUGAAAAAGCAACCGAUGAUUAUCACUAUGAGAAAUUCAAGAAGAUGAACAGGCGAUACUGAUGACCGUGGAUUGAAGUCUUUGCAGCUGAGCUGAUUUUCCACUAAUAAAUGAUUCUGUGUCCAUGGCCUGCAAUGGAGGUGGGUAGUGUCACUACCUUCAUGUGCUGGUGUUGCCUACAAAGCUUUUCUUGUGCUCUUGUAGUGAAUCACUUUACAGGUGAUUGUGAACUCUUUGGUCGGUAAAGUCUUGUACGUAACUUAUUUCCAGUUAUAAAACCUCUUUUAUAAGAACAUGAGCUUUCAUGGUUGGCAUUUUUUAGUGAUUUUACAGACUCCUUUUCCCUCUUAAAAUCCUUUAAAAGCAGCAGUGCUGUUUGCCUUGUAAAUACGAAGGGAAGGUCUAAAGCCGUUUUGCUUGAAUUCAGCUUCGUAAGAGACUUAUGUUGGUUUAUAUCAUUCUGUUCCCUGCAGACUUAACUUCUGUAGCAGUUCACUGAGUUUUAUUUUAGCUGUUGAAGAAAAUGGGGUCAGGUUGUAGCUUGAAUUGGAGGAAAAUCUCAUUUUCAGCUGUUAGGACAGGGUCAAUGUGACGGCUGGUGCAGAGGCCCCACAGCCAGUGUGGCAUGUGGAACGUGAAGGCAGGAUUUCCAACUUGCAAAUAAUAAAUAUGGUUUUAAGCAAUCAUAAA